AUGGAAGCAUUGUGGAAGUUGGAGGACAAACUGAAGCUAACGACGAAAGAAGCGGUCGUGAUCUUGGUCGGAACAGCGGCUGCAGUAACGCUCCUCUGCACAGCCGCAGCGUUUCUCAACCGCAACUCUCGAGGAAAGCAAGUAGCAGACGCGGAGUGGGCGUCCGAGACAGCGGUUACGUCAAGAACAAUGGAGGAAAAAAGGAGCUGUAAGUGGAGCAAAGUGAAGAGAAGACUGAUGGGUUCGUUUUGUUGGAGCUCUGCAGCAAAGUGGAUGGAGAUGGAAUCGCGGAGGCCGCGGCCUUUGCUUGCGGUUAAAGAAAGGAGUCUUAAUGCGGUUGAUCCGGUUUGGCAGCGACCGAUUCUGAUGGGUGAGAAAUGUAAAUUGCCACGGUUUAGCGGUUUAAUCUUGUAUGAUGAACGCGGCCAUCCGGUUCAUCAUACUCAACCUCAAGAACAAGUCAACGUACACCAAAGCUCUCUGGUACGAACAACUCUGAGAGAUUUGCUUUGA